CACCCGCCCGCCUAAUUAAGCUGGUUGGGAAAGGAUGGGGUCAGUGUGGUAGCUGGUCACGCAGCUUCUCCAGACGAAAGCAAACCGCAAAUUUUAUGCUUUUCUCCCCCAACCUUCCAACGAUCCUGCCAAGAGCGUAGUUACCCCAAGGGUAUCGGAUUCUCGACCUCUUGCGAUCAUUGCGAUCCCAUCUCAAGCCCUCUCUGCCUGCCCGGGCCUUUUCGCGUCGCGAUCUGGGCCAGGGAAUUUGCGCUGCCCGGCCAAUCCUCGUCCCUGCUUUUCCAAGCUAAGACGAGCCCGGCUGCAGCCAUGGAUUCAAGGCAGCCGCCACAACAACCUCCGCCAUUCUCACGGAAUGCUGCCUCGCCAUACAGUCGGCAAUCCUUCCCGCCGCCCACGACAACGGCCACACAACCAUCAGCAUAUUCGUCUGCAUCGCAUCCUGCCUCGACAACUCCUGCCUACUCCGAUCCCCAAAGAAGGCCGUCCGACAACGCGUAUUAUCCCCAGUCCCGAUCGUACCCGCCCGAGCCAAGCUCCCAUCCACAACCGCCACAUUCCCACUCGCGACAUCAAAGUACGUCAUCAAUAACUUCAGCUCCCUCGAUUAAUCGCUCCAUGCCGCCGCCCAACUCACCUCCGCAAGGCCCUGGUCCUGGUGCGCACCAGAUCGGCGCCGCUUACGGCCUGCCUCAUCCCCGGGCACCGCCGGUGUCGGUCGGCCCACCUACAGGUUUCUCCGGGGGUCGUGAGCUGCCGGCGCUGGGACACCUACCGCGGGCUGGGAGCACUGGAAGCAGCAUGUCGAUAUCGUCCAUGCUUGGUGGCCCUCCACCGGCUCGAGAAUCCGCUCCGCCCUCUCACUACCCGCCACCGCAUACCUCGGCUGGUAAUGUGCCGGGACCAUCUUAUUCGCCUUCAAUCCACGCUUCUCCUCGAAUACCCCCAAACGCGGCCGACUACGGACCUUUCAGACGGCCCCAGACGCCGGAACACGCUCAUAGAUUAUUUGACAACAGGGACCCAAGGGGUAGUGCUGCCGCGUCUCCCCAGCAUGGCUACGGGACGCCCGAAGUACAGCGUUACGGGACGCCACAGGCAUACCCGCAAAGAGGGCCUCCAAUGCCGGGUGCAGAACAGUCCAGAGAUAAGGCAAGGAUGCCGGGCGCCGCCAUUCCGCGACCCAGCAGCCAGCCCAAGUCCUUCCCGAGCGCGCCCCCUCCGCGACCGUUGGAUGUCGGUAGGCCACCACAGGGGCCACCACAGGGUGACAUUUACGGACGCAGGGACGAGGAAUACAACCCAGAACGGCCCCCAGUCAGAGUGUUGAAAUACGAGGAGCCGAGAUACCUAUCGGAGCGGGAGCGCCAGGAAAGAGAAUUUCAGCAAAGAGAGCGGGAACGGAGAGAGAGGGCCAUUUCAGGAGGCGGUGAUCCAGCUAGCCACCACCCGGUGCAUCAGGCCGAAUACUCGCAGCAGAUGGGCCAACGGGCCCAACCGGCUCCCUACAACCGGCAGCCAGAUCCGAGAGACAGGGGCGGCUGGCCGAGGCAGCAAGUGUAUGAGCCGUCGAGGGCUCCCUACGAUCCUGCGGCAUCAUUUCCGCGGCAACACCACGACUACCCGACCACGACAGCACCAUCAUACGGCGGACAUCCGACUUAUUCCCAACCCCCCGUUGAGCGCCAUCCUCCAUCGUCGCACCCGGCCCAGCAUGCCGUGGCUGCCCAUUCGGGGCAGGCUCCCUCCCAACCGUACGAAUCCCCCGAACGGCAACGGUUGAAUGCGCUUCAGCAUGCUCGCGAGCAACCGCCGCCUUCCCACCGACCUCGGCCCUUGGAUGAGGGCCCUGUGCCGCCACCCUCUGUCGCAUACGGUACCGCUGGCACGCCUGCUUUGUACGAACCCCCUAGAAAUAGGAGCAUGGACGAGGUAGCCCAGCCACCUCAUCAUCAGCGGACGUUGUUGCACAUACAGGAGAUCAACCGGAGAGGCAGGAUAUCUCCGUUGCCCCAGGCAGUGCAAGGCGCUCAGCCCCAAAUGUCUGGCCCGGCAGGAGAGCCGGGCAUCAAGUCAGAGUUUGGUCGCAUGUUCUCAGGAAUCGGCAGCGGAGUCGGGGCCAUUUCCAGUCCUGUGCCUGCCGGCGCGCAGCUGCCAUAUGCGCCCUCGGGAUUGCCCAGACGGGAGGAUUCCGAGGCCGCCCUCCAGGAUUCCGGCGCGGACGCGCAGGCCAAAAACCGGCGGGACCCCGUGCGAGGCAAGCGGAGAAAGCUCAAGGAUGAGGAUGGUAGGGAUGAUGAAGACGUUAGUGGCAGGCUCAGCCCUUCUGCCCGGGUCAAGCGAUCCAAACCCCACGCGCAUCAUCACCAUCAUCAUCAUCAUCAUCAUCACCAUCACCACGGCCAAGAAUCGGCUUCAUCCCCAUCCCAUGCCGGAAAUGCCCCGUUCAAGAAUGUCAAGGGUUCGGCACCCAUACCGUCCCCGACUGGGCCUUUUGCCAAGGACUUCCCAACGACUCACCAUCACCACAUUGCCCCUCGAUCAACGCCGCAGGCCGUCAACGCCCAUAUGCACGGCGCAAACUCUAGAUCGAUCGCGGGACCUCAACAAAGUCCGCGCCCCACCAUCUUCCCCAAGCCAAAGCAAAUGAUAUCUUCCAAGGCUGUGCUCGAUAGCGUUGCCGGUCUCCCACGUCAUCAUCUCGGAGACGUGCUCUAUGAACCCAUUCUCAAGCCGGCUCGACUUCACGAUCCGCGUACUGGCCGACCCCCGCGUCACGCAUACUCGUCGACGCCGAAGCCCUUGCCGUGGGAUCUAAUAGAAGACAAGCUGAACUGCACCUUAACAGUCAAGGUUGGGAAGCAACAUCUGAUACCCUCAGCGAGAGAGGAGAUUACCAGCCGCAGAGCCAUUUGGGGUACUGAAAUCUACACCGAUGACUCGGACGUGGUCGCGGCGUGCAUCCAUGGAGGCUGGAUCAGGGGCGAAUGGCCAGAUGACGUGGACCUUGAUGCGCUGGGCCUAGACGAGGGCCCCGAUAGCCCCGAUGCCAAGGAGGCCAAGAGCCGGAAGUCUACCGGCGCCAAGCAGCCAAACGGCAGCUCCGCGCAGCAGCACACCAGCCCAGACGUGCUCACCGAGCCGCCCAAGACCGGCCCCGUCGCCGUGCCCGAGAACCGCGACCUCCACGUCACGCUGCUCAUUCUCCCGCGGCUGGAGAAGUACGCGUCGACGGUGCGCUUCGGCAUCAAGAGCCGGGAGUUCGGCGGCAGGCUGGGCAGCGGCGGCGGCAGUGGCGGCGACGACGACGGGCCGCAGCAGCGGGCCGUGCACGACGGGCUCAGCUUCAUGGUCAGGGGCAUCCGCUGGGUGUCCAACGGGGCCGGCACCCAGAACCGGCUGAGGGGCAAGGCGAGGCGCGAGAGGAUCCGGAGGGCCCUCCGCGAGGUCGAGCUCGGGCCCUCGUGGGCGGGGAGCGUGGCGAAUAUUGACAAGAACGGGGCGGCGGCGGCGGCAGCAGCGGCAGCAGCAGCAGAUAAACAACCUGCCGCUGAUGUCGCGGGCGGGAUACGGUGGAAGCUCGCCGAUAAGCCGCCGAGCGAGGCGGAUAAGGAGAAUCAGCCGGUGGCGGAAGACGGUGACGGGCGGGAUGAUGGGCCGGGGGUGCCUACGCCCGGCAAAGAGGUGGAAGCUGAAGAGGAGAUGGCCUUGGACCAGCCCGAGGCAAGCGGUGGAGAGAAGAUGGCCGUCAACCAGCCCGAAGGAGGCGGUGAAGAGAAGGAGCCUGUUGAUGGAAAGGAAGAAGUUGGUGGGAAUGGAACUGUCGGUGGCAUGGCGGAGACUGGCACCGAAGGGGUUCACCCUCCUCUGCUGUUGGAGUCUACCGAGGGCUGAUGAUAAGGUUCCACCUCAUCCCUUUGCACUACGCUUUUGUACAUGUACUUUUAUUUGCUCCUCGGCAUUGUUGAUGCGUGUCGCAUUCAUGAUACCUCUGGGCUUUGCAUUUGGGGAUCCAUUGUAACUCUUUUCCUUUCCUUUCUAGGCGUUCUAUCGCACUAUUAUGGCCACGGAGCCCUCGCGGUUAGGUUUCGGGCGAGAAGGACUUCUCACAGCUUGCGUGUGGUAGGUACGCUUGUGUGGUGUGGUUUAGGGUACAGUAUACAGUACACAUAAUACAGGAUUGACCCC